GAGCAUUAACUAUUUACUUGAUACUAAAAUUGGCGUCGAAAAAUACAAAAAAAAAACAAGAAUCUUCGUGGUACAAUGACAGCUGAAAGCCGGUUUUUGGGUAAGAGGCGUACGGUGAUAUGGGUGGGAUAAAGCGUUGCCACUCAAGGAUGUUAAAUACAUCUAGAGUAUGAGGAACAGAAAUAUGGAUAUUUACGUUUUUUGUUUAUAUUUUCUAAUAUUUUACAUAUAAUAUAUUACAUUUAUUGCAUGGGUAAAAAAUUUAAGGUGCUCUAAUUUGAAUCUUUUCCUGCAAUUUUUUCUGUCUCCACAUCUAUAUAAUUUUCAAUUUCUUUGAGCGCUUUCGCGCAAUGCUCAGUUCGUGCUAGCAAUUCAUUAGUAAAGUAAUUUCUCAGAAUAUUGGAUUUCUCUUGCGUUAGUCGCCCUUGGGCAUAUAAGAGCUCUAAUUCAUGUGCAAGGUAUGGACCCAUUUUCAAAUCUGCAGCAGCUUUGAGGUAAGCACAUUUGCGAUUACGAGCCUCUGCAAGUUUCUGCAAAUUAGAACGAUGUUGGGACUCCAAGGAAAUUAUUUGAUUAAAUCCAGAGGGCUUUUUAGAAGCACAUUGUCCGACUGGUGGUGGCGUACCAAGUUCUACAAAUACAUCUGGAACCUCUGCCUUUAACUUUUUACCAAAAUCAAUGACUGGUUGUAAAUUUAAACGUAAUAAUGAUACAAUUUCUUCGCGUAUCGCUUUCCGCUCAGUAUAAGUCAAAUUUAUAGCAUCUCGAAGAGUUUUCAAGCCUAUUUAGGGAUUAUAUACGUUAGAAAAAAUUAUGUUAUUUUGUCAUUUUUUUACCUAGAAGAUAAUCGUCUGCUCCUCCAACAUUCAUAUGCAAAUAGUCAUUGACAUCAAGUACUUUUAUAGCAUAAUCCACUUGUUCACCACUAUCGGGUAAAUCCAAUUUAUUUAUUCUUAAUUUUUGCAAGUUAUCAAGGAUCAAACGUAAUUUCCUGAUCUUGCACAAUUCAUUGUCACGUUUAGUUUCCAUCUGCCUGCGCGCCUCAGCAUUAAGGAUGCUUAAUGUUUCAUUUGCAUCGGUCAUGUUUACUGGUUUCUAAUCUAAAUUAUUUAUUUAUAAAAUAUGUUAGUAAUAACACUUAGGUAGAUUAAUUUCUUUACGAUCGUGACUAGUUUGUUUGAAUUUCCCGUUGUUACCGCUUGUAGAUAAAGCAGUUUCGUUAUUCAGCGUUUGACAGUCCGGGCAGUGAACGUAUAUUCCCUGCUUCGAGAGUUGUUGACAGCCAACUGUUCAUUGUGAAUUCUGAAAAUGGGCAAAUCAAAGAAACAAGAAGAAACUGCCCACAAAUCGCAUAAAAAAUCUAAAAAGCAUUCAAAGUCAUCGAACGAAUCGGAUAAGGAAUCGGAAGAUCAUUCCAAAAAAGUGAGCACUUUAAAACGUAAACAAACAGAAGUAGCACGUGUACUACAACUUAAAUGCGCUAUACUACUCCAAGGAACUUUAUCAUAUUUGGAAUACACAGAAUUAAGAGAAGAGUUAUGUCGUCUAAGUGCACUAAAAGAAGCAUUUGCUCAACAAGCCGCUAGCUUAGAAAAACACUAAAAUGACAUAUAAUGUAAUUCUUAAUACUAAGACCCUUUUUAUGUAGUAAACCUAAUGUUGACGUUAUCAGAAUUGCUUAAAUUGAUUAUUUUAAAUUAAGUCUUUAAUUCAGAAUGUAUGUAUUAUUAAAAAACCAUAUAAAAUAAA